AUGGCGUCCGCCCGCCCCGACAGGCGGGAGCAAUCGCUGCGGCAGCGCCGGCGCUCCCGUGAGACGGAGAGCGUAGCGGCCGCGCAGCACCCAACAGGCCGGCUAAUCGAACCCAGAGCGCGAGAAGAGGCUGCGCCGGUCCUCCGCUAUCCCAUCGGCCCCUCCAGCCUACGGCCUUCUCCCCGCCCCUUCCGGAAACCGCGGCGCCGCCUUCCGCCCUCGGCCACUAGGGCGCCAGCUGGCCGGCUGCGGCGACGGCUGUUGCUGUUGGCGGUGCCGUGGCGCUGCAGCCCCCGCCGCGGGGCUGCCGGCUGCCCGCCGGCGGGGCAGGUCCGCGCCGCCUUCCUCCGCUUCUUUGAGGAGCGCCACGGCCACCGCCGCCUGCCCUCGGCCCCCGUCCGGCCCCGCGGCGACCCUCACCUCCUCUUUGUCAACGCGGGCAUGAACCAGUUCAAGCCCAUUUUCCUGGGCACGGUGCACCCCCGAAGCGAACUGGCACAGCACCGGCGGGUGGUGAACAGCCAGAAGUGCGUGCGGGCAGGUGGGAAGCACAACGACUUGGAGGAUGUGGGCCGCGAUACUUACCAUCACACAUUCUUCGAGAUGCUGGGGAACUGGUCCUUUGGGGAUUACUUUAAGGAGGAGGCAUGUAGCAUGGCCUGGGAGCUCUUGACAGAGGUCUAUGAGAUUCCUAAAGAUCGUCUCUAUGUCACCUAUUUUGCUGGAGACUCGUCACUGGGACUGAGCGCAGAUGAGGAGUGCAGGGAUGUAUGGCUCUGCCUGGGGGUGCCUGCCAGUCAUGUGCUUCCUUUUCCAUUGAAGGACAACUUCUGGGAGAUGGGGGACACAGGUCCCUGUGGUCCCUGCACAGAGAUCCACUAUGACCACAUGGGUGGUGGCAGAAAUGCUGCGGCACUGGUGAACCAGGGCAGCCCCGAUGUAGUGGAGAUCUGGAACCUGGUCUUCAUGCAGUAUAGCAGAGAGGUAGAGGGGAAUCUGCUUCCCUUGCCGCAGCACCACGUGGAUACAGGAAUGGGCCUGGAAAGGCUGGUGACAGUUCUGCAGAACAAACGCUCCAACUAUGACACAGAUCUCUUCACUCCCAUCUUGGAUGCCAUUCACAAGGGCUGUGGGGGGCCCAGAUACCAAGGCCUGGUCGGGGAUGCUGAUGUUGGGCAUGUGAAUAUGGCCUACCGUGUGGUGGCAGAUCAUGUGCGCGCCCUGUGCGUGUGCAUCACUGAUGGCAUCUACCCAGGCUUCUCUGGAGCAGAACUGGUGCUGCGUCGGAUCCUGCGCAGGGCUGUCCGUUUUUGCUCUGAAGUCCUUCACGCUCCACCUGGGCUCCUGGCCUCCCUGGUGCCUACUGUAGUGGAAGUGCUGGGAGAUGCCUAUCCAGAGCUGACAAAGAAUGCAGACCAGAUCAUGGAUGUCAUCAAUGAGAACGAGGCAGCAUUUCAGUCCUCCCUUGAGCGUGGGAGGCGUAUCAUUGAGCGAACAGUGCAGCAAAUGGAGCCCUCCACAAAUUUCCCGGCUGAAGUAGCCUGGUCUCUUUAUGGGAAUUUGGGAUUCCCUCUGGAUCUGAUUGACUUGAUCCUUGAAGAAAAGGGAAUCAGUUUGGAUUCAGCUGCUUUUAAUGAACUUGCUCUAGAAGAUGCAAAGCGGAAGGCUGGUGGCCCACCGGCAGGACAGCUGGAGGACACAAACACACGCCUUGAUGUGCACUCACUGGCUCAGCUGCGAAGCAACAAUGUGCCUGCUACUGAUGACUCUCCAAAGUACGCCUACACACUUGGGCAGCACGGGCAGUACGAGUUCAGCCCAUGCCAGGCCACUGUCCUGAUGCUGUACAGAGAUCAGUCUCUCCAGAAGGAGGUUGGGGCAGGGCAACGCUGUGGUGUCAUCUUGGACAGGACUAACUUCUAUGCAGAGCAGGGCGGGCAAGCUUCUGACCAAGGCUACAUGAUACAUUUAGGACAGCAGGACAUACUCUUCCCUGUAGAGUCUGUUCGUCUCUGUGGUGGUUAUGUGAUCCAUGAGGUCACUGCUGUUGAAACCCUCCGUGCUGGUGACCAAGUGCAGCUCUUUGUGGAUGAGGCCCAGCGGCUGGCCUGCAUGACGAACCACACUGCUACCCACCUGCUGAACUUUGCACUCCGCCGCAUCCUGGGUGACAACACAGAGCAACGAGGGUCCCAUGUGACAGCAGAGUGGCUGCGCUUUGACUUCGAUACCAAGGGCCCUGUGACUGUGGAGCAGCUGCAGCAAGUGGAGCAAGUGGUCCAGGAUGUGAUCAAACGAAAUGAGGUUGUUCAUACGGCUGAGGUGCCCCUCAUGCUGGCAAGAAGAGUUCAGGGACUCCGUGCAGUGGAUGAGGGGUAUCCAGAUCCAGUGAGGAUAGUGUCCCUGGGGGUCCCUGUGGAGAGUGUGCUGACCUGCAACUCUGAGGCUGCAAUGCAGACUUCUGUGGAGCUCUGCUGUGGGACGCACCUUCUACAAACAGGAGCUAUGGAAGAUCUGGCCAUCAUCAGUGAGCGUCAGCUUGUAAAAGGGAUUAGCCGUGUCAUUGCAGUGACAGGGAGACAAGCCAAACAGGCCCGGGAAGCUGGCCAGUGCUUGGCUAUGGAAGUGGACUCUGUCUCCCUACGAAUGAAGAAGAGGAGUACCUCGAUUCCUGAGAUGCAGAACCUCUCCAAAGAAGUGGGACAGUUGACCAAAAUGGUGGCUAGCACUCCAAUGCCCCAGUGGCAAAGAAAAGAACUACAGACUAUCCUCAGAGUGCUACAGCGAACAGCCAACACAGCCGUCAAGAAACUGGAGAUGCAGCAGGCUGAAGAGAAGGCACAAAGCAUGCUAGCAAAACAUUGCAACCAACCUGUCAUCAUUGAUACUGUCCCAGCUGACUCCCUCUCUAUCCUAAUGAAGGUAGUGAACCAGCUGUGUGACAAGUCUCCUGGCACAUCAGUCAUGCUGCUCAGCCCUCAGGCUUCUGGUGAGGUGCUCUGUGCCUGUCAGGUGUCCAAGAAUUGCCUCCCUGAGUUCUCUGCUGCUGACUGGGCCGUGGCUGUCUGUACACAGAUGGAAGGGAAGGCAGGAGGUUCUCCUGUCGUCGCUAAGGGCAGUGGAAAUGCCAAGGGCAUGCAGGGAGCCCUGACUACUGCACUGGAGUUCGCUCAGAGUAAACUCUUGAAAUAACUGUGAUGCUUUGGUGGCAGGACAGCUGUAUGUAGCCCAGCUGUAAGCUACGUGGACACUUGGUGCAAAGCACACAUUAUACUCUGCUGAUCUGAAAGGUUUAGCAGCUCCCACACUGAACGUUGCUGCAGCCACUGCAUUGGAGCAUUUGGCUUCUGGCCAUCAGGGAUCAGCAGAACCCCACUCCUGAUCCCACUGACAGAACGAUGCUGCCUGUUCUCAGCAUGGACAUACAGUGAUGGAGCCUCAGAAAGCACCAGCUGCAGCAGCAGAUCCUGCUGCUUCUGGAACAGUGCAGUUCUUGCCACAAGAUUAGCACAGAGAGGCCCCAUGAGAGCAUGGGGGGAGAUGGCACAGUGUUAUCCUAAAACCAUUAAAUGGCAGAGAGUGUGUGAUCCCCUGAUGUUUCUUUUGUUUUUUCUUUCCCCCCUGCUCUGGCAGAGAGGUUUGUUCUGUCCCUGCAGCCCUACAAGUCAGCACACACUCUUGUGUAAGCAGUCCUAUCCUACUGCAGAACUCAGGACACCCUUGUGAUUAAAAAAGCUACUGUAAUUUAGAAAUCGGAAGUCCCACCCUGCUUGCAGUCUCAGCCUUGUUAGGCUAUGCAACAGGUAGUGCUGAAGCCAGUCUGCAGUACUGAAGCAUGGAGGGAACAAAAUCAUCCCAGCCUCUGCCUCUUUGGUUUGGAUGAAUGUUCUUAGCCUUGUUUCCUCCUGCUACUCCCUUGUAACUCCUUUCUUCUCACACUGCCUACUGGCUUCUCACAUACCAGCACCUACCUAAAAACCACCAUGGAUCUGGUGAGUUGUGUGAAUGGGAACUGUUGUGUUGCAGCGCGGAACUCCCUGCAGCAGGACACUUAGCCUUGAGGUGAGCAGGUCUCCCUCCUAAACUGGUCACUUUUCACGAACACUAGUGGACCUAGCAAACUCAACUCAUAAAGUCAUCAUUGUUAGAGUGAUGUCUAGAGCUCUUGGCCAAAGCACCAUUAUUUUAGAUACUGUAUUGACCUAGAGAUCACAAAUGGUAGCUGAGGCAAAGGUGCAACAGGAUAGUGAUACAAGCAGGUUUCACCUUGUGAGCAGCAACAGCAGGCUGACAGGGAUGAAUUUCACCAGCAGGUAGGGUUGCCUGUCUCUGUGGAGUGAGGUGGAGGAGGCAGUAGCUGCAUGCUUUUGGGGAGGGGAGGAGGAGGGGUGGAAGCACAGUGAUACUGAUGGAUGGGGAGCAGGAAAUGGCUGUCACAUAGAUAAGGAUUGGUAAAGAGGUUGUAGUGGGGAAUGGCCCAGUCUCCUAAUGAGAUACUCCCUCCACUUUUCUUAGCUGUCUUUUUGAGGGGGAGUGGGUGAAUAGUUGCUGUGAGCCGAGCCUCCUCUACCUUCUCUCUUCAGUGAACAGCUCACCUGGGAAAAAAGGGAGGUGGACUUAGAUGCAACACUAGAGGACAUGCAGUUUUCUUCCCUAUGUCAGCGGCUGUCCAGCCCAAAAUCUCCUGUGGUCCCUAAGGCUUAAUGUGGCUCCUAGUCAUCUUUGCAAAGUGCCAGGAGCUGGUUUUGCACUUGGAUAAGUGCCAGACAUAAAUGUGAGAACUCGGAGGCAGGGGUAGGGAGGCUUUAAGGGCUGGUGGUGCUCCCCACUAUCCUCCUCUCUUCCCCCAAAGCACUGACAGCUGCAGCAAGAGCACAGGCCUUCAACCUUUCAUUCAGUAAACACUACUUCCAGCCAGGGAGCUUAAAGCAGGGCUUGUUGCAAAGUGGACUGUGAGCCAAGGUCCCUGGGCACCUGGCCCUGCUGCUCUGAGUUCAGCCAUCAGAGAGGUGCACAGGCCCCUUUCUUUCAUCACCCUGCCAGUGAGGCAGGUUGCUGCUCACCCCAGACCCUGCCUGCAUUCCUGUAUGCUGUAGCAGAGCAGCCUAGUGCUUUCUCAAAUUUCUUGCCAUUUCUGGAUGCAGAGGUGCUGCUGGUGCUUGUAACAUCUCUACAAGGAACCUGUACAUAGGGAAGGGCUGGAACAUCCAGCCCAGCACUUCGGGGACCUUGUGACAAGGCUGGUAGGGUGCUGGAGCGGAUGCAUGGAGUCCCUGGGGAUGGUUUGUGCUGUCAGUUGAAAGCAGUGUUAGUGCCCAGUGUUGCACAGCUCCUGUGUUUCACUUGCACCACAGCAGUACCAGAUGUGGGGAGGGGAAGGGCUGCUCUGUCUUACUGGGAAAGCGCUUUCCUGGGGUGCUUUUGUGUUACUGUGUUAAUAGCUGCUACAGGAGAUGAUGUCUCCUUUUGGUAUUGGAGAGUAGGUGUGGGAAGAGGAGAGGAAUGCUGGGUUGAGCUGCUCCUGCGCCAUGCUCCAAAAGUAGAGCCUGAGCUUGUUAGCAGCAGCCUUACAAAAUUAACCCCCUUUGGCCUGAUUUUUAGCUUAGAAACCACUGGCCUCUUGUAGACUUUUGCCCAGUCCCUUACGGGGCAGGGGUCUGUGCACUGACCUUCAAGGUAAUGCCUUUACUCACAGGGAAGUUAAGCCCCUGCUGUUGAUCUUCUGGAGGGCCAAGGGCUGCUGCUGCAGAGGCAACCGGAGCGGUGGCUCUUGGAGCCGUUGGAAGGAGGUCCAUCUCUACUGUGGGAGCUGUUGGGCUUUCAGCACUAUGCAGUGAGUGAGCAGCAAAGGCCUGAUGGCUCAGCACCCCAGGUCUGCUCUUCCCUUCCAUGUCCCAUGGGAAAAGUAGCUCCCUGCUCUCAGGAUGACAGAUGCAGCCCUACAGUGAGAAAUAAGCCCCUACCCCCACAUAGGGGCACUAGGGGAAGGCUUAAUGAUCCUGCAGCCAAUUCCAGGCCAUUUGGGGAACUGAAAGGUAUUGAUUAUGUGACAGCAGUUACAGCUUGGCCAAGCAAUACUGGAAGGUGGGCAAUGGGAAAGGCCCAACACAGCCUUACACUGCACGCACACCAGUGAGCAAGGAUUAUAAAGCUCUUAAAGCAGAGUAGGGGCGUUUUAAUCUGGCCAUCCUGCAUGGGGUCUGUGGGUGAUCUCAGGUGACUUCUGCAGGCAGGCUUUCCAGAAGGCAGCCCAAAAUGGCAGGAGGCUGCUGAGGACCAAGUCCCACAGCUCAUCAAACAGCUCUGGAGAUGGUAGCAGCACAUCUUUGAACAGGGAGCACUCAACUAUCUGCACAGCCCUCCCCAGCUUCUCUGUGCCCAUGGCUACCUGUGGUGUCAGCUGAAAGACCUGCUGAGUCUGGGAGCAGUUGCUCUGCAACAGCCAUGCACCAUGUGGGAUCAGGCCAGUCCUAUACCUUUUCCACACCAGUUUGGUAAUCGUGUUCCUGAACUUCUGCACCUCCAGCUGGGACCUCAGUGCCUUCUCUGCAUCUGCAGCAGCCCCAGCACUCCCUGCACCUAGGGAAGUGCUGCGCUGCCUUCCUAUAAAUGUUAAGAACAACCUGGUCAGCAAGCAGGGCUGCAGCCUGCUGUGAUGGCACUGGCUCUUCUCCUGCCUCAGCCAGGGCAGUCUUGGGGAGACCUUCCAGCUUGGAGCCCGUUUUCUUUCUCCUCCUUUGCUGCUCUUGGCCUUUCUGGGCAUGAAAUUCAGUAUUUCCUUUCCUCUUUCUGAGCCUGCAAGGAUUUAAGUGGGUUAUCGAUGAGGUCACAGCAUAACCAAGUCAUGAUCUUACUAGAUAUCAUAAGCUCAGUAGCACUAAACGUACUCUGUAACUGAAGGACAAAAAGGAUCUUACCCUACCAAAGAGUAGUCUGUGGAGGCAUCUGUGGUGCCCAUAUCACCUCAGGCUGGUAAAGUGGGUUGCUGCAGUAGGAAUGCUGGGUUUUGAGCUGUGGCCAUGCCAGGCCAUCGCUGAUCCUAGGAGAGAGAAUUUCCUGCUGUUCUCCUGGUGAACCCCCAGUGCACAGAUUUGUGUCCCAUUGUCCACUUUCCCUGCUGCAGAAGGACAAUGAAUUCACGUCCCAUGCUGCAGCCGCAGUAGCUGCCAUAUUUCUGCCUGGGAUGCCCUGUAUUUCCAUGGCUGGUCAAGCAGUGCUCAGCUGGUAGGGCUUAGGGGAAUGAAACAUGAGUUUUAAAUGUAGUUCUCCAGCCAAAAUAGCAGCUUACAUUCCCUUACAGUCAUCAAGGAUCUAAAGUGCGAGCAGUACCCUGGGCACAGGUUUGCAACUCCAAACACAUGCACGCAGAAGGAACGGCAGGAAGUGGGAAACUAAUUAGAGAGAUGAUGGGGUUUUUGCUGUGAACAGGUGCUGUCAGGUUGGCAACACCUCCAUAAGUCCAGAUGGACCCCAAGGUCCCUUAAGGGCACGUGCAAUGCAAGGGCUUGCCAACCCCAAUCGCAAGCAACUACCUGACUUCGGUAAAAGAGAAGCAGAAAGUGCAUGCUUGUCUCUUCUCACCUGCUUUGCUCCCGAUAGCCUGGGCUGCAGAGUCAGAGGCUGGCAUGCAGUGCCUGCGAGAAGCCCAGCUCUCCCUAGGCACCCCUGGGGCAGGCUGCUGUAGGGACCUGAGGCACUGCACCCUGGGUCCCAUGGGACUCACUCCAGGAAGGUCCUAGGAUCGUAGUGGUGGUAGCAGAGCCAAGCCACACAAGAGGAUGCCGAAGGCAUGCUGAGCCACAGGCUCAAAAGCCGUGGAGCUUGGUCCCUCAUGGCUGGAGCUGAGCAUUGCCUGGAGACACUGAAUGUACACAGCAUGUCCAAGCUGAGCCCUGCGGGGAGGGAGAGCAGCUCAGGGGCUGGUGCAGGGAACCAGAGCACAGCUCCUCCCCUGCUGGGACACCCCAUCCCUGCCACCGGUGCCUGCAGGACAUGGCCAAUGGGUCACAAGGAGCAGCUGGGGUCUCCCCAGCACCCAUCAGCCGCACCACCUUCCAUUUCCCCAGGGCUAGCAGCAGUAUGUGCAUUCCCAGCUCGCAGCUGAGCGUGGCACUGAGCCCCCCAGUCCCUGGGUUGAGGCACACCCCCAGGACCAGCCCACCAGCAGGUAGAAGGAGUAGUCCCCCUGCAUGCACAGGGAUACCCUCACACACCAGCACACACCUCCCAAGCACCCGCUGUAAGGAUUUGCACCCGCACAUAUGCAGAUCUCCCUUUGUACGAUUUCAGGUGUGAUUUCCCUCCCAUCACCUCGCAUGCGGCAGGACUUGCAUGUGCUGCAGCAUGAGCACACAGGCUUGGCGUAGCCACUAACCUGUGCAGUCUGGCACUCCUGCAUACACACAUGCAUGCAGAAGGCAACAUGUAUGUAGUGACAGCAUGGACUGAACUAGUCAUGUCACACACGUACAUGUGUGCUCAAAUGCAAUCCGGAAACUCACACGUCCACACACACCUCUUACAUGCAGGCUCUCAUGGGCUCUCACCAUCACACCACCCCCCACACAGGCUCCCUGCCUCCGCAGCAGCUGGGCACCCACACGGAGCAGCACCCACACACAAGGCAACAGUGGUGAACCCAUGAAACCAGAGCACUCGUGGCAAGGCAGGACAUCCCAUCCCUCGGGAGCAGCUCAGGGCCACCUCGAGCUGGUGCUGCUCCUCAUCUGCACCCCAGCUACCUGGGAAAGGAGGGGAUGGCUCUGUCCUAGAAGUAUUCAGCUGAGGGACAGGCAAUGUGUAGGGCAUGCAGGCAGGAGAGGAGCAGCUGCUGGGCCUGGUGAUGAGGGGCAGGGGAACUCUGAGCCCCCAGCUCCCUGGGAGCACUGCUGGGCAAAGAGCUGAGCUUACACCACAGCAGAGUGCUAUCGCAGCGGCAUGCCAAGAGCCUGAUGAGGCAGGAGAGGCAUUUCACAGGGAAUCCCAGCAGCUCACCUUUGCUGCAUGCCCUUCACGGCCAGCCGGUUCCCUGCGUGAAAGCGCCGGCGCCUUGCAGUCAGCUCAUCAGCUUGAAUUGCAGCUGGCAUUUCUGUGCGGCUUGCCGCUUGCUCAGCUGCAGCCCAAGCUCCUCUCUCCUCCAGAAAGCAUGAGGAAAACCCAUGUUGCUGGGAGAAGGGCCCCACUUCCCCUCCAUCCUCCCCACCACCAAUGCCACCACCAUCCCAGCUGCCCCCAGGAGCACCCUGCUACUGAGCCCACCCUCCUGACCAGGGUGCAGCCUGCUGGAGAGAAAUUGAGGGAUUAAUUUUGAUUUAUUUAUGCCAUUCUGGGUCUUAAUCUACCAGAUGGUGGCUGGUGGGGCGCCCAGGAUGUCUGCACUGAGGGUGUGCCAGUGAGGCUGCCAUGGUGUUACCUGGUCUGCAUCCAGACCCACCAUCCAGAGAGCCAGGUACUGCUGCAUCCACCACGCACUGCAGAGCCACUCACCCUGCCAUCAUACAAUCAGAGCAGGCUCCCAGUGGGAGAAUGAGUAAAGCUACACCCAUGACCAGCCCCAGGCACUGGGGUGCUGCUGCCCACCACAGGUUCCCCUGAGAUGGGAGAGGGGAUGGAAGGAGACCCUGUCCUGCCCAGUCUGCUGUGGGAGAGACUGGAAGGAGCUCCAUCUCACCUGACUUUGUAUUGCACCCAGUGCCUGUGUGUCACUUUUGCAAGCUGGGGAGCUUCAGACUAAGUUGUGAAGUUCUACCAUCCACAGUCACUUAAGAUUCCCAUGGGGGCUGUCAAUCUUGAAGUCCUGCUGCAAUUCCAGUCCAAAACCCUUCCUGUGUUUUCAGCUGGCUGUGGGAUCCCUAUCCCAGAGCUAUUGACAUCAGAUUGUCUGGUCUUUUGGGGACACUCCACCACAAGCCUGCUGCGAAAGUCCCUGAGGCUACACAGACACUGGGUUACUAUUCCAGUCCCCAGCCAAGAUCCCUGCAUCUCCUUCUAGUCCUUGCCCAGCCUUCUUUCACGCACUUCCCUCUUGCUUUGCAUCAGAGGUUGCCCAGGCUUGAGCUCCAGGAACGGGAAGAUAAAUCUGAGCCUACGUAGACCUUCUUUUCACAUGGUGAAGAAUUAUUUACACUCGGGUUGGGAUUUGCUGCUCUACUAAUUUUGUUGUCUCCUCGUUUGCCUGUUUGUCCCACAUUUCAGAUGGUGUUCCCUCCCUCCCCCUUCCUUCCCUCGCUGUCCCCACUUGCGGGUGUUCUUCCUCUCUCCUCCUCCUCCUGGCUGGCCCAGUUAGGCAGGUGCAAGAAGAUGCACAAGGAAGAUAAUCCAUCAACUCAAAUAUCACUGAGUUUUGUGGAGAAAGGGGGAAAGAGAUGCAAAACUAAAUGACCUUUAAAACAAGUGAGCUCUCAGGUUCCCUCCCCCACCCAGAAGCAGCUCCUCUGCUCUGCUGUAACCUCCUCCUCCCUGUCCUAGCGUUUAUUUAUAAGCACCAUCAAUAAUUAAGAAGCUGCCUGCCUGCCCGCUUGCCUCGGCUGCCGUGUUGACAGAGACAUCUCUGACGUUUCCUGGCUCAGCCUGGCUGCAUUGCUCACUUGGGCUUUUAAUCUUCCCCUGCCUUGUUAGAAACACAGGAAUCACCUACCUGGAAUGGUCCGGAGAGCCAGGAGAGCUCCCUGCAGUGGGCUGGUUGCCCUGAGAGCAAACCAAAAGCUGCUGGCUCUCAUGACCCCACAGCAGCAGCACAGGGUGGGUUGUCUGGGGUGUCCCUGCUAUGGGCACCACCACUCCCUGCCAGAGUCAGGCUCCAGGAGAAGAGGCACCCUUGUCUACAUCUGAGGGCCAGGGAGCUCCCACGCUGGUGGCUCCUUGCUGACAAAACCACAAGCAAGGGCUCUGCGGCUGGAGCCCCCAGUCCCAGGGGAGCAGCAUCACCCUGGACACCCAGCCCAGGAGGUGGAAGAGACCCACCAAGCAGUGCAGCCAAAUAGCACAGCCAAGCAGAACGAUUUGGCCCUAGCAGGCAGAGCUGGAGCCCUUUCAGUAGAGGGGUACAGCUGGGCUUAGAAAUCAGGGAUGGAAGGCUUUACACUGGCCUGGAGAAACCACCGCAGGGCAUAACCCGGGGACAGGCCAGGCACAGAGGCAACAGCCAGGCUUGGCACAUCACUGGCACUUCAGAAUUCCUUGGGAACACUCUGGGUCACUCCUCAUGCGUUCAAAGGCACCCUGCAGGGAUCAGGGAAGCUCCAGCCCUUGAACAAACCGUCACGCGUGCAGUUUCCAGGCAGCCCAGCUCAGCAGCUGCAAGCAGAGCCCGCAGCAUGCCAGAGCUGAGCCCAGGUCCCUUUGCCAGUGCGAUCCUGAAGCAGCAAUGGGGCGCAAGAGGGAAGCCCGGUAGUUCUCCCUGAGCUGGCCUGCGAUUCUGCUGGACACAGUAGAGACAGGCAGACAAAAAGUGGCAGAUAGCUGCAGCUGGAGGCAGGUCCUAUGCACCCAGCUCCCCCCAACAUGCAGCAUGACACCUUGGGCUCCCCGGUUCCACUGGCUGAGCCCUGAAAAGGAACACGAAGGGGGCUGGGGCUCAGCCGCAUCCCCCACACCCCGCUGCAGGGCCAGCAGUGCCUGGGAGCUGGGUGCCGCAGUGCUGGGAAGUGGAUCUGUCAUAAAGCGCAGCUCUGGAGGGACGGUGAUGGCAGCUGGCAGCUCCCCAGCCCUGCCGGUGCCAGGCCCCGCUCGGGUGGGAAGAGGGCACCAAAGGACAGUGUCAACUCAGCAGCCCUUGGUGCGCAAGCUCCCAGGCUGUCCUACCCCAUCAGCGUCCGACUGCCGCCACAGCGACUGCCCUGACAUUGCCCUUGCUGCGAUGGGGUGGAUGGGGCCCCCCUUUUGCCCCCCCCAAGUUGCCCCACACCAGACCCUGCAACUGCUGACACAGGACAUACAGAGGUGCUGCUGUGGGACACCAAGGGUCUGAGAGAUGGAAGAGGUGCCUUCUUCCCCAGCUACACCCACCUCCCCAGCCCACGCAGCCCAGCUGUCCCAGGGGUGCUGGAAGAGCUCACGCCCCUCCCCAGUGGUCUCCCUCUUCUGUGGGGCAGGCUCUGAGGAGCUUCCCCAGCCUUCAAGGGAAGGGGUGGCCCCCUGCAAGGGGUAUCAG